AUGCAAAUCUCCCGGCAGCAGGAAGCGGCCGUCAGGUCCGCAGCUGCCCCGAGCGCCCGUGGCUGCGUACGGAGCGGGCGCGGACAGACGCCUUCCCCGCGCCGGCGGCUCCCGCACUCGCGCCACCGUGGAGCCCGGGACAGAAAUAUGGGAUGUAUAAAAUCAAAAAGGAAAGAGAACCUGCCUGGAGAUGGGCUAGAUUUGAAGAACCAACCAGUACGUAAAACUGAACGAACUAUUUAUGUGAGGGAUCCAACGUCCAAUAAACAGCAAAGGCCAGCAAAUACAGACACACAACUUUUACCAGGUCAGAGGUUCUGUAAAGCAGAAGCAGAGGAACAUGGGACCAUUGUAGUAGCCUUGUAUCCUUAUGAUGGCAUUCAUGAAGAUGAUUUGUCGUUCAAGAAAGGAGAAAAAAUGAAAGUUCUUGAGGAACUAGGGGAAUGGUGGAAAGCUAAAUCCCUCUCAACGAAAAAGGAAGGUUUCAUUCCAAGCAACUAUGUAGCAAAGUUAAACACUUUGGAAACAGAAGAAUGGUUCUUCAAAGAUAUAACCAGGAAAGAUGCAGAAAGACAGCUCUUAGCUCCUGGAAACAGUCCUGGAUCAUUCCUUAUCAGAGAAAGUGAAACAUUAAAAGGUAGCUACUCCCUUUCCAUCAGGGACCAUGAUCCACAGCAUGGUGAUGUUAUUAAGCACUACAAAAUUAGGAGUCUAGACAACGGAGGAUAUUACAUCUCUCCAAGAAUUACUUUUCCUACCAUCAAUGAAAUGAUCAAACAUUACCAAAAGCAGUCAGAUGGCUUAUGCAAAAAACUGGAAAAAGCAUGCAUUUGCCCUAAACCCCAGAAACCUUGGGAUAAAGAUGCAUGGGAGAUUCCACGGGAAUCAAUUAAGUUAGUGAAAAAACUUGGAGCUGGUCAGUUUGGAGAAGUUUGGAUGGGCUUUUAUAACAAUAGUACAAAAGUUGCUGUGAAGACUUUGAAGACUGGAACAAUGUCAGUGCAAGCAUUCCUGGAGGAGGCCAACCUCAUGAAAACGCUUCAGCAUGACAAGUUAGUCAGGCUGUAUGCAGUAGUCACCAAAGAAGAACCUAUUUAUAUAAUAACAGAAUUCAUGGCAAAAGGCAGUUUGCUGGAUUUUCUGAAGAGUGAUGAAGGAAGUAAAUUGUUUCUUCCAAAAUUAAUUGACUUCUCAGCUCAGAUUGCAGAGGGAAUGGCAUACAUUGAAAGAAAAAACUACAUUCAUCGAGAUUUGAGGGCAGCAAAUGUUCUGGUUUCAGAUAUGCUCAUGUGCAAAAUAGCUGAUUUUGGAUUAGCAAGAGUAAUCGAAGAUAAUGAAUACACAGCAAGGGAAGGUGCAAAGUUCCCUAUAAAAUGGACAGCACCAGAGGCAAUUAACUAUGGUUCCUUUACAAUCAAGUCUGAUGUGUGGUCUUUUGGAAUUCUCCUGUAUGAAAUUGUUACUUAUGGAAAAAUCCCUUAUCCAGGUAUGAGUAAUUCUGAUGUCAUGGUGGCUCUUCAACGUGGGUACCGGAUGCCACGUAUGGAUAACUGUCCAGCUGAGCUCUACGAUGUCAUGAAAACAUGCUGGAAAGAUAAAGCAGAAGAGAGGCCAACAUUUGAUUAUUUACAAAGUGUCCUGGAUGACUUCUACACAGCAACAGAAGGACAGUAUCAACAACAGCCAUAGGACAUUUUUUUAGUUGGCAUAGACUGCUGUUUGGACUAAUGGAUCAGGCCAAUUAUUUCAUACACUUGGAUAUAUUAAGUCUGGCUCCUGAAACUGAAGGCUGUAAUUCCACAAGAAGAACCAUUUUACAGAGAAAUAACCAUAUUUUUCUAUGGUUAAUUGAAAUGUUAAUCACUCUGAAGUUCUCUUUAGUUGCACUAUCUAUAUUUUACAUUUCUUAAUAAAGCAUCCAAACAAGAUAAACUUUGGAAAAAUUCCCACCAAAUUAGAAGUUUACCAUGCAUACAGUUGGAAACAGCAUUUGGUGAAUCUAAUUGAUGGGACACCCUAUAGGAAUAAUAUGAAGGAUGAAGGCAAAUAGGUUUUUAUAAAAGGAAGAAUUUGAGAAAUCAGGAUUUCUUUUGCUCCUGAAUCCUUUUUGAAAUAUAGUAUGUUAUGAGAACUUAUUUUUAUAUCCUUUGGUUAUUUCACAUGAGUAGCUGGAGUAUUCUCUGGUUGUUAAACAUUUUCUAGGAUGUAAUCAUCACCUUUA